AUUUAGAAUUAAGCCAAGAAAGAAACUAGCAAGAGUAAUAAUUUAAACUUUCAAUAACAUCUGCAUAGCUCCGUCGUAGUAGUGAGUGGCAGUAGUAGUCGUCGUCGUUUUAAUACCAGUAGCAGUACUCAGGUUUCAGCCAUACAAGUUCGACAGCAGAGAGGACUGGAUCGGGUCGGUUCAUACCGGGUCAGAAAACUUAACGUAACAGACUCCAAAUCCGACAUGAACAACUACGCUCGAAGCUUUCUUCUCUAUUAUGUAUAUAAUAGGACCCUUUCCUCUUUUUCCCUCAAUUCUGAUUUUUGUUUCUAAAUACUGACCUUAAUUCUCAAAGAAUCCCAAUUUUUAACCCUAAAAUUAUAGAGUGCUUCACAAACCAUUCUCUUUUGAAUAAAAUAAAGACAAAAAAAGUCAAUGGAGACUCAAUUUAUUCAGAAUUUAUUUGAGAGACGUUCCAUUAUCAAGUCCAACGCUCCUGCAGUGAAAUGGUUCAGAGAAUGGGUACCCCAAGAUGUCGCUGCAACUGGUGGAAGGUGUUUGGUUUUGAAAUGGGUAACAGAAAACCAAUUGAAGGCCUUGAAAGAGAAGAAUGAAGAACCACCAGAACCGGAGCCAGAACCAGAGCCUACUACUGAGGUUCUUUUCCUUUGCAGUAAUGAAGGCUGUGGAAAAACCUUUAUAGAUGCUGGUGCUUUGAGAAAGCAUGCUCAUAUCCAUGGGGAGAAACAAUAUGCUUGUCAUUAUGAAGGAUGUACUAAGAAAUUUUUAGAUGGUUCAAAGUUGAGAAGACACUAUUUAAGUCAUACAGGCGAAAGAGAUUUUAUAUGUCCUCAUGAAGGCUGUGGUAAGGCAUUUUCCCUGGAUUUCAACCUGAGGUCACAUAUGAAAACACAUUCACAAGGAAACUACCAUCUUUGCCCAUAUACAGAAUGUGGAAAGAGAUAUGCUCAUGAGUACAAGCUGAAGAACCACAUUUCAGCUCACCAUGAAAAGCACGCAACUGUGGAGCCAGUGAAAUAUGCCACACCUCUAGAGAAGACAGCUAAAAUUCGCAAGCCUUUUGCUGGGGUCUAUGCCACUCCAUCACCCGAUCAUCCUUAUGCCUGUCCUUAUGAAGGUUGUAUAAAGGCCUACAUACAUGAAUACAAACUUAAACUGCACUUGAGAAAAGAGCAUCCUGGCCAUACGUCUGAUGAAGAUGCUGUGCAUGCCUCUCUGAAUGCUGACAACUAUAUGAAUGAGGCCAGUGAUCAAGAUGUCUAUGCUGAGAAACGUGUGAAUCGUAAAAGCAAGAAACAGAAUCGUGCCAAGCCAAACUUGAAGAUGCCUCCUGCAAAACUCACUCGACGGAAAGGCUCAAGUCUAUCUCGGGCCACUACAAAUGUGGUGAAAAAACCUUGGCCAGUUAAAGAAGAAACAUACGAGGAAGAAGAUAGUGAAGAAACCGAGGAUGAGGACCGUGACGACAAUGCAGAAGAUGGAUGGAGAUAUGGGGAAAACAAUGAGGAUGAUGAUGAAGACACAGAGCAUGAAGAGUGAACGGCUAAACAUAACUAGGAUGCUUCCUCGCCUUUUCUUCUCCCCCCUUUUGUGAUAUAAUUUUCAUUUCAUUUCUUAUAUAAUGCUCAGAAUUUUGUAAUUUUAGGUAAUAUUUCUUUUAGGGGAAAUCCUAGGCGAUAUUCUUUUAUAUAUGUCCAUUUAUUAUUUACAUGCUUUAGAUUUUUUGUUGUAAAUGAACUACCAUGAAAUGAUUAAAUAUUAAUGCCUUUGUCAAA